AUGGAGGAGGAAGAGGAGGGGCAGCCUCCACUGAUGGGUUUUUACCCCUGGGCCAAGGUCGAUGGCCGCAGCUCUCCCAAUGGGAGGCCGGCCUGGGGUAGAAAACGACCCGGCUGGUGGACCCAGAGCUGCCCCCGAGCCCCCGCGUCCUGCUCGCCCACGGUGCUGGCGGCAGAGCUGCUGCGUAACCACGGCCGCUACGCGGUCACCCACACCGGUGACCGGAUCAGAGCAGAUAAAAACGGAGAGGACGCCCGGAGAGACAAGCGCCGAAGGGACUGCGCCGGCCUGAGUGGAUCUGCUUGCCCCGAGGAGGAGAGGAUGCUGCGUGUGGCUUUCGGCAUCGGGGUCCUGCUGGCCCUGGUGGGCGGCACAGCCACGCAGGGCUGCGUUGCCCCGCAACACCUGGUCUCCAAGCUGCUGCACAGGCUGGAGAAGUCCGUCAAGAAGGACGAGCCGCCAAACCCCAGCGUCCUGCUGGCCAUGAACCUGGCCGGGGCCAGGGGCAGCAACACCCACAAGUGGCUGCUCCAUGCGAUACAGGAGGAGGCCGUGAAAAGAGCUCACAAAGACAUGACCUCGGGAGAGGUGGCUCUGUACGUGCUCGCCCUCCUCUCCUCCUGCCAGGACCCCCAGCAUGUCCACGCCCUGGGGCAAACCGUCGACCUGCUCCGCAUCCUGCAGCAGAAAACGGACGAGGAGAUGGCCACCCUGGAGAUGACCGGGCAUCCCAAGACCACCCUGUACAGCAUGAGCCUGGACGCCCUGGGCCUGUGCCUCUCGGGGGCAAGCGGCUAUGAAACACCAUCCGUGGCCCUGGCCAAGGAGGUGCUGAGCCCUGACAGCCACCUCUCCGUGGACACCCGUGCCGUGGCGGCGCUGGCGCUGGCGUGCACGUACGACCACGUAAACCUCCACGACAUGCGGGACCUGCUCCAGAAGGCACUGUCGACGGUGACCAACGGCUUCCUCAACGAGCAGGAGAAGCAGCAUGGCAUGAUUGGGAACAUCUACAGCAUGGGGCUGGCCCUGCAGGCGCUGGAGGCCACGGUUAAGUUUUACGCCCCGCGGAAGUGGAACUGCGCCCAGGCCUUCUCCGUGGUGUACGGCCAUGACUAUCGCCAGCCCAUGGCCAUCGCCCAGGUCCUGCCUGCCCUCGUGGGCAGAUCCUACAUGGAAGCGGCUGACCUGGACUGUGCCAGCACAACCCUGCACCCCCUGUUGUCCCUGUCCCCAGAGUUGGGUACAACAGAGGUUCUUAGAGCCCCCAUCACGGUGCACUACUCCAUCAUCAACAAGCUGCAGGGAACGCCCUUCAGCUACACCACCACCGUGCAGGUCCCGGGCGGCUCCACGCUGCUCACGGUGCUGCAGGAGGCAGCGAAGGAAAACCCCCAGACCUUUAGCUUCCAGACAGAGCAGACGUCCUGGGGGCCCAUGGUGGUCUCCAUCCACGGGCUGGCAGCCGACUCGGAGGACAGAACCUACUGGCAGUUCCUCAGCGCCGGGGACCCCCUCUCGGAAGGGGUCGGUAGCUACAAACCGCGGGACGGGGAGCACAUCCAGGCCGUCUUCAGCACCUACUGA